AUGCACGAGUGCCUUCCGUGUCGACGGCGGCGCUGGCUCGGGCCGUCCCCGCCCUUCUGCUGCGCCACAUGGGGGGUGGAAGGAGGAGCAAAGGGGCCCCCUGCAGGGGGCCCCUUUGCUCCUCCUGCUGCGUCAGAUGUAGCUGCGGCUUCUGCCGCCGCUGCUGCUGUUUCCGGUGCAGUGGAUGUAGCCAGACAAAGCGUCCUAUUGCUUAGCCCCGCAAAGAGGCAGUCCUUUGAAGAGAACCCAUCACGUGUAGCUGCAACAGCAGCAGCAGCUGCUGCUGUUGUUGCCGAAGCUGCAGCAACAGCAAGGAAACGCAUUCCGUCACAGUCCUAUAGUGGGUUUGAUACUGCUGAAAGUGCGGCGGCAGCUUUUGCGGUUGCUGCCGCAGCAGCGAUAUCAAGAAAAAGUCUUUUAUCAUUGCGUUGUAAAAGCAGGGUUGGUCCUACUCCUCCUUUUCUAGCACGUAAUUCAGCAGCUGCAGAGGUGGUGACAGAAACGAGCUGGGUAGAUAGAAAUGACGACCAAUGCCAAAUAGUAAAAGAAGCACAGGCAGAAGGUGCUUCUGCUGCUCGCGAAUUCAAGGAUCCGACGGAAGAUAAGAGCAGCAGGACAGCACAUGAUCCCUCAAUUGGGGAUUUUUCGUCGAGCUCUACCGCUGCGUCUGCGGCUUCAGUUGUUGCUGCAGCAGCAAAAGCGGCGAGAAAGAGCCUCACGCUGCUGCCAGGUAGUGAGGUUGCUGAAGCAGCAAAGGCAGCGCGGAGCAGCAUCUUGCAGCAAAACUCUAGAACUUCAGGUCAGACUAGCGCCGCCGUUGCUGCUACCACUAGUGUAGCAGGAGCAACGGCUAGGCAAGGCCUCGUGAUUGAGUCACUAGUCGUCUUGCCUUCUGGUCCCUUCGCCAAAGCAGCAACUGCUCUUAGUUCCGGCCCAUCCGAGCAGAAGCAGCACGAAUGGAAAGCACACGGACAUAAGCAUUGUCCUCAGAGUCACGACAAUCAGCUUUGGCAGAAGACCGAUGAUUCAGAGACGCAAGAACAGGCCGUUGCAGCGGCACCUGUCCAAACACCAGAGGGACGAACACCAGUUGCACCUCCAGCAACAAGUGCAGCGGCCAUCACAUCAGGACUUCCCGGUAGGGGCAUCAGAUCUGAUAGAGCAGCAAAGAGAGAGUUCAGCGGCACAGCUCGAACGGGAGAACGCACCGCACAGGCAGACGCGUCAGUGGCAGCAGCAGUUGCAAGCGUAUCCGACACCAUUGCGGCUGCAACACAUCAAGAACAGCAGCAACAUUCUUCGUGCACUGUAGCAGCCAAAAAGAUGAGUUCUCUCGAGGCUGCUGCUGCUGCGCUUCAGGCAGCAGCGGCGUCAACAGCAGCGGCAGCAGCCGCGGAACAGGCCGAAAAGGGGGAUUAUACAACAGCAGGGGCUGAUGCACAAGAUGCGGCAGAGAACCCUGUUUGUCUGCGGAGGCUUUUGAAGGAGCUGAGGUUGUGGCAGCACCAAGUAAUAAGCCGUGUGCCUCAGAAGGCUGCAGAGCCUCAGAGGCGCCUAGGCAAAAGCAGUACCAGGAGCAGCUGCAAGAGAAGGGGUUCCUCUGCCCCCACACCAAAUGGCCUCAGCGUCUUUUCCUGCGUGGACAGACCCUUGACCUCGCCUGGCGUUGAGUGCAGUGCUGCUGAUGCUGCCCCUCCAGCAGCGGUGGCGAACGCACCCGAUGACUUCAUCAAAGCCCGAGAGAGGAUGGCAGCAGAAGCAGCACCUCCAUCUCUGCAGCCUAGAGCUCCUGCAGAGGUGCUACCUGCAAAGGGUAAUAUGACAGCACAAAUGGCCGCUGCCGCUCCCUCUUCCGAGGCUUCAGCCCUGCUGUCUGAGCAGAAUACCAAAGGGCCUCCGCCUGCGGGAUGGGAGCAAGAUCCACAAUAUGUGCGAAUAGUCGGUAAAGCAUCUGCUGAAGUGCUUGAUGUCACUGGCACAAUGGACGCCGCAGAAAGACACUUGAAAAUGGGCAUGGAUCAGGUUUCCGCAUCGUGUAGCACUCCCGACAUAGAAGAACAGGCAGUUCUUGCUGGCUUUGCCGCUUGGCAGCAGAAGCAGCAGCGUGCGCAGCGGGUGGAAUGUACGGGUUCAAUCUUUCCGUGGGUGGGGAGACAUAGCAGAGAAAGAAUGUCUUCCGCGCUUUUCUGCAGCAGCAAUAGAAGCACCAGCAAUCUGGAAGGUGUGUUCAGGCAGCAGAAACAGCCCCCUUGCGGCAGUAAAAACAACGGACGAAGACUGCGGCCGUGGACCUGUGCAAGCGGCCGUUCCUUCGCUUCUGCACCUCUGCCUCAGCAGCAAACGCAGCAAGUGCUGAAAGAGUUGGAAGAGCAAGAGCAGCAGUGCACUGUGCAGGGAAACUAUCUUGGGGCUUUCAGGUUUCAGCAGCAGCGACGAGAACAACUGCUGAAGCGGCUACUGCAAGACGGAAAGACGGCUGAGCGGAAAGAAGCGUUGCACAAAGUAGCACAAGCGAAUUGCUGGGCUGCCGCCCUCCAUCUAAACAAAAAGUAUAAAGCCGUUUCAUUUGGUGCGAAGUACCUCAUAUGCCAUGUCACCACCACAAACAACCUGCCGAUCAAGAAGAUACCCAUGCAACACCGUACACGAGGGUCACUGACGCCCGAGGAGGUGAACAAGAGGGAGGCGGAGCUUCAAGACACGCUGUUAGCGACGCUGCAGCUCACCAACACUAUCAGAGAGCAGCUUGAAAUAGUCAAGUCUAAAAGUCGUGGGCAGCUCUCUUCAGUUUCAUACCGAAGGGGGCAGUUUAGAGGGCCCGCUGGCCCUCCUUAA